UUGAAUUUCUCUCUUUGUUUUGAUUUUUAAAUUUUCUUUUUCUCUGUGAUUAAUCAUUAAAUUAAUUGUUUUCUCUUUUAUUCUUUUAAUUUUUUUUAGUAAAAACGUUAAUUAAUCCAUAGAAUAUCCUGACAACAUGGAUAUAAGACGAAUGAAAGACGAUGAAAAGCUGAUUAUAUGUAGAAAAUAUUUCUAUGGUGGAUUUGUGUUUCUACCUUUACUUUGGCUCAUGAAUGCGGUCUGGUUUUUCCAGGAAGCUUUUAUCUCUCAAAGAGAUUAUCCUCAAAAAAAGGAGAUCAAACGUUAUGUCGUAUUAUCAUUUAUCGCUUCUGGAAUUGAAUUAACUCUUCUUCUUGUGUGGAUUAUUUAUUUCCAAAACAAUCGAGCCACAUCGGAUUGGGGUGAUUCAUUAUCCUUUCUUGCUCCAGCCGGUAUUCCAUGAGAGUGUAAUAUUACUCAAAUUACUCUAGAUGAUAUUUUCUAUUUUCAUUUUUCAAGUUGCUAAUCAUCCACAUAGUCUGUCAAUUGUUUCAACGAUUGUUGAAAAAAUAAAGGCGUUUCACCCUUGUGAAUAUAUCUCA